AUGAAAGUCCUGUUUGUGUUGUGCGUAAUCUGCGUUGCUGUUGCAUCAGCUGGAUACAUUGGCGGUGGCUCUGGUUGGAGUGGUUCUGGCUUGGGCGGUUGGAGUGGCGGCUAUGGCGGUGGCGGCUAUGGUGGUGGCGGCUAUGGUGGCGGUUGGGGUGGUUAUGGUGGUUAUGGUGGCAGUAGUUAUUCAGUGCCCAAAGUAGUUAAAGUGGUGCGCGUUAGCAGCGGAGGUUAUGGUGGUCAUGGUGGAGGUUAUGGUGGUGGCUGGAACAGUGGCUGGGGAAGCGGCGUUGGAGGCGGCUGGGGUGGUUAUAGUGGCGGCAGCAGUGGCUGGUGGUAA